AUGAAGACAGACGAAACUUGCACUCACAGAGGAAUGUGGUGCGCGAGUGGAAUGAAGAGACAGAGAAACGAACACGAUGAAGUUACCGUUACCCUUAGAGCCCUUGACAUGUUCUGUACGCAACUUCAACUACAUUUGUCUCAUAUCAUCGAUGAAAAUACCGUUACCCUUGCUAUCAAGGCCUGUCAAGGGGACCCCAAAUCCAGAUACCAAAUUCACGGGUUUGCUUCGUAUACUACGGUUUCAAAUUCUUUGAUGAGGUUGUACACCAAAGCUGGACAGUUUGACGAAGCUAGGAAUGUGUUUGAUGAAAUGGCGAAUGAGGAUGUGGUUUCAUGGAAUGCAAUACUAGCAGGUUACUCUCAAGAGGGAAAUCAUGGGCUUGAGGCGAUUUUUGUCUUUAUAGAGAUGGUGGAAGAAGGGAUGGGUUUAGAUCAUGUCUCAUUUACUAGUGCAGUUUCAGCUUGUGGUCAUGAAAUGAAUUUAGAACUUGGGAAACAGAUACAUGGCUUGACAAUUAAAUCAGGAUAUGGAAGUCAUGUUUCAGUUUGUAAUGUAUUGAUCUCGACAUAUUUAAAGUGUGAGGUUACUGAAGAUGCAAAAUUAGUCUUUCGGUGCAUGAAUGAUCGCAACAUAGUGUCUUGGACAACUAUGAUUUCAAUAGACGAAGAAGAUGCCAUCUCUCUAUUUAAUGAGGUGAGAUUGGAUGGAGUAUAUCCAAAUGAUGUUACAUUUGUUGGAAUAAUCCAUGCUAUAUCAAUUAGGAAGUUGGUGGAGGAAGGCGAAAUGAUUCAUGGGUUUUGCAUAAAGACUGGCUUUUUAUCAAAGCGUAAUGUUUGCAACAGCUUGGUGACUGGCCCAAUUAUCGCAGGUGCUCUUCUUGAUAUGUAUGCAAAGCGAGGAAGCAUUUGUGAGUCCAAAAGAGUUUUCAGUGAGACGCCUCAUAAAAGCCAGUUUGCUUGGAUUGCAAUAAUAUCUGCAUAUGCUGGGCAUGGAGACUAUGACUCAGUGAUAGAAUUGUUCAAGGAGAUGGAGAGAGAAGGAGUAAGACCUGAUUCAGUCACAUUUCUUUCUAUACUAGCAGCAGGCUGCAGAAAUGGAAUGGUGGAGAUGGGCCGUCACCUCUUUCAUUCAAUGGUGAAGGACUAUCAUAUUGAACCAUCUCCUCAACAUUAUUCAAGUAUGGUGGACAUGUUGGGAUGUGCAGGGAAAUUGGAGGAAGCACAAGAAUUGAUGAGUCAGAUCCCGGGACAGCCAGGGUUUUCAUUGUUGCAUAGCCUGCUCGGGGCUUGCAGGAUCCAUGGGAAUGUGGAGAUGGCGGAGAGAGUAGCCAAUACAUUAAUGAGAUUGGAACCAAUGGAAUCGGGAUCUUUUGUGUUGAUGUCCAACUUGUAUGCUGAGAAAGGGGACUGGGAAAUGGUAGCAAAAGUUGGGAAAUGGAAGAGAGAUGAAGGAGUGAGAAAGGAAUUGUGA